CUUACAGCUGCUGCACAAACAGCUGCCAUCUGAUGACUCUACACACGCGGACACCACACGCGCCCAGCGGGCAUUUAAGGUGUUUAAAGCUCCAUCGCGACAGCUGGCUCAUUCUCCACACAAUUUCUCUCGUGGAAUACACGCAUUUCCAUCGUCUUCUUCUCCAAGAUGGGUGCCUACAUUGCAAAGAUGUUGCUGCCCACCAUCAGUAGCGUGGUAUUCCUGCCCACUGCCAGCAUAGCAGCCAAGCGAGGCUUCCACAUGGAGGCCAUGGUCUACUUCUUCACCAUGUUCUUCAGCGCGAUCUUUCAUGCCUGUGAAGGGCCGGGUUUGGCCAUCCUAUGCUUCAUGAAAUAUGACAUUCUGGAGUACUUCAGCGUGUAUGGCACAGCGUUGUCAAUGUGGGUUACACUAAUUGCUCUGGGUGACUUCGAGGAGCCUCAGCGUUCCAGCCUCACCAUGUUUGGAGUUCUGAGCAUUGCAGUACGGAUUUACCAGGACCGCUGGGGAUACGGGAUCUACUCAGGUCCUAUCGGCUCAGCAGUCUUUAUCAUCACUGUGAAAUGGCUCCAGAAGAUGAAAGAGCUGCGAGCAGUGUACCCUGACAAGCACAUCUACACUCAGCAGGUUGGUCCUGGCUGCUGUUUUGGUGCCUUGGCGCUCAUGCUGCGCUUCUACUUCGAGGAGUGGGACUAUGCCUACGUUCACAGCUUUUACCACCUGUCACUGUCCGUGUCCUUUGUUUUGCUGUUACCCAAGAAGAACCGCUACGCCGGCUCGGGACGCAAUGCCGCUAAGCUCAGCUGCUGGACACUAUGCUGCUGCAGCAUGUCACCGGCCUCCUACAAGGAGAAGAAAGAUACACCAGAAAAGAAAGAUACAUCUGAGAGGAAAGGUACACCGGAGAAGAAAACUACUCUGGAAAAGAAAGACAUGACUGAGAAGGAGAAGAAGCCCUCGGUGUGCCGCUCACUUUUGAAUGCCUUCUCCGUGUCCAAAAAGACUUCCACGUUGCCCCUUUUCUCCCCUCCUCCCUCUUCACCUGUCAUAGGCACCAGCAUCAGCAAGCUGAAGGAGAUGAACGGGUGGAAGUGAAGCAGGAAGACAGAACAAGGACUGCGCAUUUUGUAUUUAGCUUUUGUGUGAUGGACGGACCACAAAGCACUCAAGUGGCUGAAGAGGACGAGGGACACAAACAGCAGAAUAAUCUGCUGGUAUAUGGCCAUGCGGCCCUAUAAGUUUGAUGUGCAUUAUAUACCUGGCAAGCGGAAUGGUACUGCUAUGUAUCUCUCUGUGUAAACAGGCCUUCAGAGGAGGGGGAGUGUGUUGUGGAUACCUCUGCCACCACCAUUCAGUGUUUUAAUUCACAUUAAAUCAAUCAUUUUAAGAUGUAAUAUUUUGAGUUAAUUUUACGGCAUUAGUUUACAUGUAUUUUCUAAGGGUGCACACUUUAGUUAAUACAUGUUUGAAUAUUUAUUUGUUUUGAGAACUGCAACCAAGCUAAGGAAGACCUGGCACGUACCAUCUAGAGUGGGAAUAUUUAAGUAGUUGAUUUAAGUUUUUGUUUGUUUGUUUUUUUCAUUGUUUUUUUAAAUGCACAUUAGU